AUGUCGAAGCUGACCUUUGCAGACCUUUUGAUCCAGCAGAAAGAUGGCAGCUCUUUUGAUCCAGCGCAGCAGCUCCUGUCCUCUUUGCCAUCAAGGCCACUUCAUCGUCUCAGGGCUCAGGUCAUUCAGGUCUUGGAACGACACUAUGGCAACCUUCCGUGCAUCCUGGAUGCCUUUGAGAGCUACGGAGCGAAUGGUGUCACUUUCAAAAUCUUCCAGCGAGAAGUCAUGAGAGUGGGAGAUCUGGGCCCUGCCGACAUCGACCGCUUGUGGUAUAGCUUGAGCCCGGAUGGAAGGUGGGUGUCGAUCGACAAACUUGGAGAAUUCUUGUACAAAGACAACGAAGCUUGGUUGGCCAAUGCGUCAUGA